AGUCUUGACAUAGCAAAUCAACCCAAAUCCCAAAUCGAAUCGAAACGAAGCUAGGAGGGAUAACAGAUAAGAAAAGAGAGAGUUGAAGUUUCGAAUUGGAUUGCAAUUCCAAUAAUUAAUAAUUUGGGUCUUCUUCUUCGUCUUCUUCUUGUCUAUCUGCGUAUAAUCUGAAUCGCUGAUUGUUCUUGAAAUGGGGAAAAAUCAAGCCUACAAAGCUAUGCAGAGAGCCAGGUUAGGUUCCACAUCUGCGGGACCCGACGAGGUUGAGGAUGGCAUGGUGGAUGGUUCAUUUCAUUCACCAGAGUGGCAUGCGGCUCGUUUGGCCAGCCUUAAAACGUCUCACACCAUUACCUGGGAAGAGUACAAGAAGAAGCAAAAGGAAGAUGAACUGCGAAAGGGGGAGCUUGAGAAAGAUACCGAUAGAAUGAUGAGAGAGUACCGAGCUCAACUAGAUGCCGAACGCUCUCGCAAACUCUCCCAAGGCCGAAACCAUUCUUCUUCUUCUUCUUCUCGCAAAAGAGAUAGGAAGGAGAAAGAUCUAAAGAAGCGCAGCAGCAAAAGAAAAAAGCAUUCUUCAAGAAGAAGAUCGUCUGAAUCUAGUUCAUCGUCAAGCUCAUCAGAGGAUUCUUCUAGCAGUGAUGAAGAAGAGAAGGAAGCAAGAAGAUCCAAGUCGAGGUCAAAGAGAUCUAAGAAGGAAAAGAAGCACAAAUCAAAGACCAAGCACGCUGGCAGUGGUAAGGAUGACAAGGUUGAAGGGCCUGUACCACUUUCAAGAUUCUUUGAGAGUGUAAAGAGCUAGUCAUUGUAAUAGAUUUUGUGUUGCUUAAAAUAGGCGAUGAUAUCCUUUCGGGUGUACAAAUUAUUCCAUUGUUUCUUAGAUUCAUGCUUUCCCCGUUUGAUAAUAUUUAUUUCUCUUUCUUUCAUUCUUAGUGUUCUUUUUUUACUGCAUCCCCUCUCUUGACAUUUCUGAGCUACUUAACAUUGAAAUUUGAUAUGAUUGGUUCAAAUGAAA